AUGGGGAAAUACUUCUUUCUCCUAAUUGACGCGUAUACUAAGUGGCCAGAAGUUUAUACUAUACCAAACAUUACUACGGCUAUAACUAUUGAUAAAUGCCGCGAAAUAUUUUCAAGAUUUGGAAUUCCUGAAGUUUUAGUAAGCGAUAACGGAUCGCAAUUUACAUCCGAAGAAUUUCGUCUCUUCAUGGAAAAGAAUGGCAUAAUACACAAACGAAGUGCACCGUAUCAUCCCUCCACGAACGGGCAAGUGGAACGGAAUGUCCAGACAUUAAAAAACAAAUUGAAGACAGUAAGUUGCAAUCAUUCCGACAUCGAUAAAGUAGUAUGCAACAUUCUACUAAAUUAUCGUCGAACUCCACACGCAACAACGGGCGAAUCACCAGCGUCGUUAAUGUUCAAUCGCCAAAUUCGUUCUCGUUUAGACAUAAUGCUACCAACAACGCUUUUACCAGAAAAUCCGAAAUGCGAAAUGAAUUCAAAGCUACGUAGACUACAAGUAGAUGACCGAGUGUCAGUUCGAGAUUAUACAAGCACAGAAAAAUAUCAGUUUGGCAUUGUCAUUGAAGUGCUGGGGAAGUUGCAUUAUAACGUUAAACUAGACGACGGUCGCAUUUGGAAACGACAUAUCAAUCAGAUUCAUAAAAUCGGCUCUAUUAAACCAACUUGGGAAGACCAAAUGAAGUACGACUACGGCGACCCUGGACCCGUAACACACACGCAUACGCAAACACCACAACAGCUCACCACAAUUCCGGCACAAGACGAAGAACAAAAUAUAACAAACGCGACACCAAUCGUUACUGGACCUGCUCCGAUUCCGGAACGUAGACCACAAAGACAAAUAAUGCCGCGCAAAAUGUUAACGUACGAUGAAGAGUUCAAUCAAGUACCAAACUGA